GAAUCUUGAUGGAAGUGAACUAACCCUCUCAUAUCUAUUGAUGAUGUUUUUCUAUUUUUCCAGGACACGCCAUGGAGAAACCCUCAAAGGAUCGUCUCACUUUAUCUCCAGGUUGUAAAAUAGAAGAUGAGGACACCACAGGAGAUUGUGGAGGAGAAAAGAGUUCUGAGUGCGGGAAAUGUUUUCUUCAUAAAUCAAAACUUGACCAACCUUCUCACAUGGGGGAAAAAUCAUAUUCCUGCCUUGAGUGUGGAAAAUGUUAUAUGCAAAAAUCAAAACUUGUUGAAGAUCAAACAUCUCACACGGGGGUGAAGCCGUAUUCCUGCCCUGAAUGUGGGAAAUUAUUUUCAGCCAAGUCCAACUUUACCAAACAUCAGAGAUUACACACUGGAAAGAAGAUGCAUGCUUGCUUCAAGUGCGGGAAAUGUUUUCCACAGAGAUCAGACCUUGUUAUACAUCAAAGAUCUCACACAAGGGAUGAGCCAUAUUGUUGCCCUGAGUGCGGGAAAGCUUUUUCAAAGAAGUCCUCUCUUAACACACAUCGUAGAUAUCACACCGGAGAGAGGCUCUAUUCCUGUUCUGAGUGUGGGAAACGUUUUUCGCAGAAGUCCAAACUUUAUAUACAUCAGAGGACACACACGGGCGAGAAGCCGUAUUCUUGUUCAGAGUGCGGGAAAUGUUUUGCACAGAAGUCCCAUCUUAAUAAACAUCAACUAAGCCACUGUGGAGAUAAGUCAUUUUCAUGCCUUGAGUGCGGGAAACAUUAUUCAAGGCAAUCAGCCCUUGUUAUACAUCAAAGAUCCCACACGGGAGAGAAGCCGUUUUCCUGUUCUGAGUGCGGGAAAUGUUUCCCACGGAAGUCGUGUCUUACCAGACAUCUGAGAACCCACCUCACCCGUCGAAGUGUAUUAGUGUGCUGAGUGCGGGAAAUGUCUUCUAUAUGGAUCAUAUUUUGCCGUACAUCAGAGAUCUCACACUGGGAAGAAGCUCACCUUGAUAUACACCUCAGAAAACACGUGGCUGAGCGCUCCUCUGAUCUUCAUCAUGGAAGAAACACUUUAUAAGGAAAUCCGAGAUCACUAAAGACUUCAAAGUUCUGUUUGGCUUCCUCUGCUAGGAGAGAGAAGAAUGGGGUGUCACUGCUGGUUGGGUCCCUCUAGGAGAGAGAAGGAAGGGGUGUCACUGCUGGUUGGGUCCCUCUAGGAGAG